UUGUUAAGUUUAACAACUCUUAUAGCAUUUUGAUAAUUUAGAAAUUAAUUUCUUAUUACUGAAUUUUAUUUAUGAAAUGCUUCGUAUUCAAAAUGCACAAAAACAUAGAUUUAGUCUGAUUUUACUAUACAAAUCCCUGGAUAUUAAAAAUAUGAACUAGCUAAUAAGCUUAGGAAACAGCUACAUUUUAAUUACAUAAUGAAAAAAUUAUAAAAAUUAAAAUCCACAAAUCCAAGUUGCAACUGUUUCUUUUGAAAAAAGCCAGAAAUUGUCAAUAACAAUUCGAUAAAUACCUCCUCUGAUAGAAACAGGUGAAUGCUGCUGACAGAAUUGUGGUCAAAUCAGCAUCACUAAAAAAUAAAGGAGGUAUAAUUAUGCUUGCAGAAAUUCUAAAAUUACUACGAUUAUCUGGAAGAAGCAUGGAUAUCUGUAAUAAGCAGAAACAUACUAUACUGGAACAUUUAGAUACAACAAUACACAGUAAAUAAUAAAAAUUAAAAAAUAUAUUUAAUGAAAGGUUGGUUACACCUGACUUUCCUGUACUGUCAAACAUAGCAUGUUAUAAGCCAAAUAUGACAGCAGAAUUAGAUUAAAAACUAGCUUUUGAUAUUAUGACUUUGAGAAAAGUGUAUAUAUGUAUAUAAUUAAUGUUAUUUCAAAAGGAUGUUCACGUAUUUGCUUUGGAAAAGUGUGAUGGAAAUAAUCAACGGCUGUAUCUUGUGACAACUUAUACAGAGUUUUGGUUUUACUACAGCAAACAUGAAACAAAACUGAAGCAUUGCUAUGAAGUCAUCCCAGAAACAGCUGUUUGCAAACUUUACUUUGACUUGGAAUUCUACAAACCAACAAAUCAAGGAGCCAAUGCAAAGCAGAUGGUAGCAGAUUUAAUUAAGUUUAUAUGUAGAAAACUAGAUGAAUACUAUGCAAUAAAAUGUUCAGUUGAGAAUAUUUUGAAAUUGGAUUCCAGCACUGAAGAAAAAUAUAGCUGCCAUUUAAUAUUUCUACUUGAAAAUGCUGCAUUUAAGAAUAAUAUUCACAUAGGUAACUUUUUAAGAACAAUUUUGCAACCUGCUGUUCUUUUAACUAAGAAUGAAAAUACAAUGGGUCCAGAAAAAAUCAACUCUGUUUGUCAGUGUUACAAAGCUACCACUGAUUUGCCUACAUGUCUUGAAAACCAUGGUUUAGCCAAGGAUGCAUCUCAGAACUGGAAGCUGAACCCUCAAAAAAUAUCAGAAAAAGGGACAUCACAAUGGAAAGAAAAUCCAGAUCUUCCUUUUGUAAUAGUGAAUGGUAAACAAGGAGAAAAGCAACUGUUUGUGGAUCUUGGAGUUUAUACAAAAAAUAGAAACUUCCGAUUAUACAGGUCAUCAAAAGCAGGACACACUGUUAUUUUGAAUAUUGCAGAAGAUAACAAGUUUGUUCCCAAACCUGUAAAUAAUUCUUGCAUAGAUGAACAGUAUUUUUUAUCCUCCUUGAUCUGCAAUGUAAGAUUUUCAGACUGCUUAAAAAUUUUGACCUGUGACAACCAAGAGGACGUAACAGAAACAUCUCAAUAUUUAGAAGGCAAAAUAUCUAGGAGCUAUCUUGAUCCAAUAGGAGGAUGCCACUGCUCACCUUACCCAGAAAUUGAUAAUUUUGUUCGUUCUUUAAUCAACAAAGAUAAUGUUCAAGGAGGGAUAAGAAGAUGGAAUUACUUUUCACUUGAACAGCUUAUUGUAUAUGACAUUUCCAACUAUCGGUGGUGCAGAAAUAUUGGCAGAGCUCACAAAAGUAAUAAUAUAAUGAUUAUAAUAGAUUUGAAAAAUGAAAAUUGGUAUCAGAAAUGUCAUGACCCUGUUUGCAGAGCUGAAAACUUCAAGUCAGAAUGUUUUCCAUUACCAGCUGAAGUAUGCUUGCCAUUCCUUUUCAAAGAGGAUGAAGAUUAUGUAUAUAUCAUCGAUGAAAAUAAGAACACUGAAGAAAUAGCAAAUACACUUGAUGUUAUAGGCUUAUUGGAUAGAAAUCCUUUUACUUCAUUGCAAGAAAAUAGCAAGCUAAACAAGAAAACUUCAAAUGUUGAAUGGGAUGAUGAGCUUGACACCUGCCUUUUGGAAGCUUCUGAAGAUGUAGAACUAGUUGAAGCUACUGAUAUUUUUCAUACUUGGAGGAACUGCACAGUGGAUGAAAUACCUGAUGAGCUCUGAGCAGGUGCUUUAAGUAACUAUGAAAAGAUGUAAAGGAAUGUUAGAAAAAUCUCGUGGAUGACUUAAAUAUAUCAUUAGCCAGAUACAUUUGGCAGUACUGAAAACCUAGUCAAAAAAAGUAACUUGAUAUUUUCCUGAAACCACUCUGGUAUUAUCUAUAAAAUAAAUUUUGAAUGUUUACUAUGGUUGAUGAAGAAUAAAGACAACUAGAGUUUAGAAGCACCUGGGUGUUAGAAAAGUGAAUUCUAGGGUUUCAGAAAUAAGGAUUUUAUUGAAUUGCCAGAAGCCAGUUAUAAAAAUAGGAUCCUUUUUAAUUCUAAAAAAGGUUUAGCACAAUAAAAUACUCAAAUUUUCAUCACUUUAAACAAGGUUUCUCUAACCAGAACUAAAGUAGAAUGUACUAGUUUGAUAUAACAUAUUAUUCAC